UUAGUGUCAAUGGGCUGGUUCAUUUUAACCUAGACGGCUUGUCAAGGUGUUACCCUCUCACGUGGUGUAAGACAGAGGAAGAAUGGUCAUUUCAAAGCCAUUAGGUGAGAUUGUAGUAGAUUGGGAGCAUUACGAGGCGUUAAUGUUCUAUCCUAUUAUUUCUGCUGGAAUCAUUUAGCAGUAAAAAUUGCAAAUGAGGACGUAAUUAUAAGCCUGUAAGUGGAAAAGCGUGAGUGUUUACCGCUUAUUGAGCAGUGUUUUCUAUUAACCUUUUUCAACAAAAUGUUUUUUCUUUUUUCUUUUCUCAAUUAACAAAAGGAAGAGGCUCGGUGGGACAUUCGUUUGCCUUAAAACAUCUCAAUGGCUCUCAGUUCAGACUCUGGGAUUCUCCCCACCCACACCUCUUCUAGAGAAUCAGCAUCAGAGGAGGAGCCGUCUCUGUCCAACACCCACGGUCAAACGGAAAGUGGAGGAACCGUGAUACUGCAGCUGCUGGAGUUUAAAUCCCACCUGCUUGAGGCUGUGGAAGAGCUGCAUAUUCGAAGGGAUGCAGAGACACGCUUUGAGGACCAGAUCAGUAAACUGGUGUUGGAGAAGCAGGAGUUGGAGUGGGAGAAGGAAUCCCUGCAACAUCAAAUAGAGACAGUGUCGAACCAGCACACUGAGUCACUCGCCAGCUUUAAGAAACAGUUUCAGGCCAAAUUAAGAAACAGUGAAGAGGAGAAGGGGAAAUACCAGGUCACCGCUGAGUUAAAAGAUAAAGAGAUUAACAACUUGAAGGAAGAGCUGAAGUCUCUGCAGUUGCUGAAGUACAACUUGGAGAAGAGAUCGAGCGAGCUGGAACAGAAACUGGCCCUGCAGAGCCGGUCGAAGGACAGUCACCUGAACCAGCUCGGGGAGGUGGAGAAACGAUUUAGCGCCCUGUCCAGGCAGUGCACAGUGAUCAAGCAGGCCCACGAGAAACUAGAGCAAAAUGCUGAUGAGGCCAUGAGAAUAAAUAAGAAACUGACUUCUGUCAACGAAAAACAAGGAGCAACCAUCGUGUCACUGACAAAGGAGCUGGACGAGGUCAAAAACAAACUCGUAAAGGUCAAGAUGGCGUCAGUCAGAUAUGAGAAGACUCAGAGUCCUCCAGGCAGAGAGAUAGAGAUACAGCAGCUGCAGCACAGACUGAAGAUGGAAACAGAGAUGAACAAGAAACUCAGGGAGGAAAAUGAGUCUGAAAGAGCAGAAAAGAAAGAGAUGAUGAGAUCUCUGCAGAAAACCCAGCAGCUGUUGUUGAGUCAGACACAGACAGUGAGAAGAGGAGAACAGGAGCUUCAGACCCAAAGACAGAUGUAUCAGGCCCUUAAGCAGGAACAUGAGGUGAUGCGAGAGAAAAGCAAGGCGACGGAAGAUGAGGUGGCCCAGCUGAAGGAGAGCUUCGCUGUUUCACAAACCAGCUGGGACAAAGAGAGGAUGACGUUUCGGGAUCGGGUCAAGAGUGAACAGGAAGAACGUGAAGCAGUGAAAGAGGCUUUUGAUGACCUUCAUCAGAAACACUCUGAGCUUUCCCUGCAGGCCAAAUCACAGGCACAGCACAUAAAUGAACUGGAGAUGAGAGUCAACCAUCACAGUGUCCCUACCAAGCCUUUCGAUGAAAACAGAUGCGAGGAGACUCUUAAUGACCCCAUUUCCAUCCCAUCUGUGCUGCAGGACCCUGACAGUCUGCAGCACUCUGUCUCCUCCGAGACCAAAAACCUGGAAGGUCUGGAUGGAACAGACGCUGAGACUGAGCUAGUUGCUACUGGAGCAAUUGGAGAGCAAGAAGUCCUAGAUCAUCAUGAACUGGUCUUAAAUCAUUCAGAUAUGUUGAUCUCCCUGGUUAUAACCAAUGACAACAACAACAACCACCAUCCUAUCAGCCUUUCUGGACCAACCGCAGACAUAUUUGACAAAAACUCUGAUGGAGAUGUAACUAAUCCUAUUUCCUCUGUGUCCGAUGAUGGUGUCCAGAUACGAAGAGUUAGCUCUAAGAGUGUCUCAAUAACUUCAUCAGGUCCUAAUAGCAACCCCCCGGAUGGAUGUGUAGAUUUCAAGACCAGCGAAGGGAACAGAGGAAUGAAUGAAGCAGAGCAGAGACUGGAGGAUGACGGCAGAAGACAAGAAAACGGACAAGAGGAGAUGAGCAGAGAUGAGGUUCAAGGAGAAGGUGUGAAAGAGAAACGAAGUGUUGGAGAAGAAAGAGAAUCAGAUAGAAGAAACAGGCGAGAGGAAAGUGAGGGAUCAGCCAAGGUUGUAGAGGAAACAAGUAAUCCAGAAACAGAAGAUAGAGCAGACGGGCAAGACUCGGAUGGAGGAGAGACAAAAACACAGAUACCGACCCAGACGGAAAAGAGCAACGCCCUACAGGUCGUUGACUUUAUGCACACAGAGAUACCUUUGAGUGUUUGUGAACCCAAACCCUCUUCACAAAGUCUGUCUCAGACACAGCAGGACGCUGGAUUUGAAAAAGAAGACUCCGGGCCAAGCUCUGCCGCUCAAGAGGGCCAACAUCUCUACCAUGAUGAGGUCCAAACCUUUUAUGGAGAUGCAGAGGCAGUCGGACACCAGUCGAGUCCAGUUUGUGAGGUAUUUGAGAAGCAAGCCGACAAGAGAGAACCUCCUGAACUCCGGAUUCAGUCGAGUCCAUGCGCCUCGCAGAUAAAUACUGCACCAUUAUCUUAUCAGUGCGGUGGUGUCGUUGGUGUUCAAGAAUGGGAGAAGACAAGUCAAACUGAAACUCGUAAUCCUUCCGCAAACGUUAAGGAAACAAGUGAAAUGUGUGAAGAACAUGCGAGUGGAGACGAGAUCGAAUCGAAACGACCUCAGAGUCAGAAAACCUCAGAGCAGGAGAGCGGGGAGCUGGCGAUAACUGAUGGAGCUCAGUCAGACGAUGCCUGUAAGUCUGGGUCGACUCAUAUCGGGACAUCUUGUUUGAAAGAUGUUUGUGUUGACACCACAGAGGGAAGCGUUGACCUUGAAUCUGAGGUGGAAACUCGUCAGGAUCACGUGAAAGCUGACGAAACGGAAGACACAACAACAGCUAGAAGUCAUCCAAGUCAUGAGAGAGAUGAAUCAUCAGAGACCAGCAGCUCAAAAUGCCUCAGUCCUGCUGGGUCCUCUCUGGCCUGCAAAAAGCCUUACAGGUCGUUGUUUGGGUGGGGCACCGCUCAGAGGCAAACUUUGAGCUCCAGAGCUAAGCCAGACGUCUCCUUCCAGGCGUCGCCCUUUAUGUUUGAACAAACUACCCCUGGGUCUGGUGGAGUCCUUGGAAAUCCUCCCAGCACCAAGUUCCCCAAGAGCAAUCGCAACAAAGUCCCCCUGGUGGUGAUCAGGGCGUCGGAUCUGUUGAACGCCUCAGGGGUCUCUGGGACUUCCUCGAAGAGAUGCCAGCAAGGAGAACGUGAAGCUGAGGGAGCAGCAGACACGGAUGACAGGUCUUCUUGGUCCAUCAGUUCUUUUCCAGUCUCUACUGCCCCAGAGUGUCGCAGAGUUCCUACCUCAGCGGCGGGUGCUAGCUCAGAGUCGGACUGUGAACCACCCUGCUUCUCCCAGGAAGGAGAAGACCAGCAGUCGUCCCUCAGAGCUCAGAUCUCCAAAAUCGAACAGUUUCUCAACGCAGAGAGACUCCAUCUGCCCAAAAGACGACGCACUGACAACUAAACCAUCAUAAACUUCUUCUUCGCUCGCAUGAUGCUAACCAGAGCCAGUGUCACUUUCCCACUCUCCAUGGCCCAUGGCCUCUGCGGUUUUCCAUGGACCCACUGCCUUCUAACCAGAGAGCAGGCCUUCCCUACUGGGGGACACGUCUGGAUGACCCCCUGGUAUGCUGAAGGGGCCAAGACCCAGGAGAUAAAGAGUGAAUAAAAGGACAAAACAAAUACAAACAGAAUCACAAGGGGGUAAUUUUUUUUUCACGUGCCACAGUUUGACUUUAAAUGAGGUCAAAUCAAGACCUUUGACCAUUUCUUAGUCAAAUGAAGAUAUAAAUAUGAAAAUGACAAGGCAGUAGUAGGCCCUAUGAGACAAUGUUUAAUUCUCUGUGGACGUGACCAUACAGAUCCGACAAUCUAGCUAAAAGUGAACACAAUGCUUGUUUCUUAAAGUAUGGACAUUAGGAAGGACCUAAAAUAACAAAUGAAUAGGUUAGCAUUGUUGUAAUGAGGCGUGUACAAAACAUAAGAAGAUAAGUUCAAACUCAAGCCCCUAGCCAGGACCAAUAGUCCUAUGUCAACAAUAAGACGUUCCAAGUUAAGCUUAUAGUCUCAGCCAACAAGCCAGCGAUAAAAUUCCCAAGAACCUAGAAACUCCAAUCCAAGCCAAGUCCAAUUGAAGACGACUCCCAAAUCAAGGCUCUUGUCAAGA